AUGGACUUAUUCGAAAAACUUCGUGAACAUCGUGAUCUUCAUCCAAAAAAUGUUAAGGGACUCGCCCGGCUAAUCUUGGCAGAAAUUGUGGUCAGCGGCCGGCGUCCAUACACAGAUUCUUUGACGAGUCGGGCACUGAAGAAGCUCGGCGAUGCUCAGGACCCCGAAUUUACUGGCCCCACUGUUUACACGAGCGUAGAGAUUCCAUACACCAAGCGGUUUACAGCAGAUAGGGUUCGCCAAUUUGUGGCUCGCCAUUCUAGCAUUCCAUUUCUAUUCGGCACAUUGAACGAAAUUCUUAAGGGAUCCGGGUCAGCAAAACCAGAAGAAAAGGAAUUGCCCGGAAGACUUGGUUUCAUGAAGGACAACCCUGGGCGACAGAUGAUUGGAAGCUUCUAUCCGCUCGACGAACAAGGCUGGGCUGAGGCUGCGUAUGAGGUUAUAGAUCACUUGUCUGAUUGUGAAGAGCUCUCAUCAGGAAGUGAAGGAACAGAGUACCGGAGGAGUGAGGAGGAGGACAGUGAGGAGGAGGACAGUGAGGAGGAGGACAGUGAGGAGGAGGACAGUGAGGAGGAGGACAGUGAGGAGGAGGACAGUGAGGAGCAGGAAAUUGAAAAGGAGGAUAAUGAAGAAGAGGACAGUGAGGAGCAGGAAAUUGAAGAGGAGGACAGUGAAGAAGAGGAUAGUGAGAAGCAGGACAGCAAGGGACCAGAAAAUAGGGAGUUUGGCACGGCUAAGAUUGUAGGGGUUCGAAUUAUGGUCUACACCAAUCCACAGAGCUUCGAUGCUGGGCUUGAGAAGGAAUGGGGGUGGCCGUUGCUGGCAUAG